AUGCCCUUAUCCUCUUCUAGGUCGCGCCCUUUAAACCACGUUAUUGAUAAAACGCGACAGCUUUUUGUUGAAAUUCCUCCUUCACCGCUCCAUUCGUCGCGUAUCAGCGGGACAAGUACACCCUCCAGCCUCAAGGAGAACAUGCCUCUACAGCACUCCAGAACGGAAAGCAGCAGCGGCGCCGCGGCUGCAAAAAGUCUUUCCUCGCACACCCGAAAGCGAAAGCUCUCGGACGCGUCACGGAAGAUGUCUGGGCGCGAGGAGCUUACAAUGCCGCAGUCAAAGAAGGCUAAACUUGAUGCAUCUGCGAGGGGCAACACAAGCAAACCGAAAGAUACAAAGUUUCCCAAUGGCUUCUUUCACUGUCACCAAUGUAACAAGAAGCGAGACCCGUCAGAUGGAGUUCAGUGCACUUUUCUAACGUCUGCGCGAAGCGCCGGUCGAUGCAAAGCCAAAUACUGUAGAGCAUGCCUCAAAAACAGGUAUGCGCAAGUCCUCGAGGACAUCAAGAAAGAAGACGCGUCGAAUGUUUCCAAGAAGGACAAAGGGAAACACGUGGCCAAUGUGGGAUACCAUUAUAAGUGCCCCAAGUGUCGCGACGAGUGCAACUGCCGUGUUUGUCGUAAGGCAAAAGGCCUCGAACCCACGGGGAAUUUAACCUUGCUUGCUCGCCGGACGGGCAAAGAAUCUGCCUCCGCAUUCUUGUCGGAGGAUCCUAAUGCAAUUGGAAUUAUGCCGGGUAGGGGCCACCAGGUAUCUCCUAAAGAGAAAAGCAAGAAGAUCAAGUCACAAGCACGCGUUGAUUCCGCUUCGUCUACGAAACUGAAGGUGACAGGAGCCACAAAGUCCUCACAGAAACUUGGGGAUAAAGCGAUUUCAGGAAGACCCGCUGCAAGGUUACGGAAGCUGCCAUCACCCAAGCCUGUGUGGAGGCGUGUUCCCGUUUUGCUCAAUCAGGACACCGCAGAGGCACGCAUACACAUUCGAGAAUUUUGUCUAAGGUUCUCUGUGGUCCUUAAUAUUGGCAAGAGUUAUUUGGACGAGCUGGAGGUUCUUGCUGGUGUAAAUGGAACCCCUGAGGAUGACGAAGAACUCUCUGGGUGGGUCAGUGAAGCUUGUGCGAAGGCUAUUAUUCUUGGACUCCUUUCAGUUAUAGCGGAGAGCUCCGAGAGCCAGCCAGUAUCCAAAAUCAUCAAGGAUGCCAUUAAGGGAAUCAAAGCCUCUGGUGCCAAUCUGAAUCGAGUCUGGGCAUCUCUGGCAACACUACGUGACGGUUUGCGGUCUGUAUCAUCAAAUUUAGUCAGAUUUGAUGAUCCCCUCCCACCACCGGCGUCAGCCACGUACAGAACUACACGCAGUGGCCUUCAGGGUGGCGCGACGGAUACAGGAGUGUUUGUUGCAACCGCAGCACAACUCAUACCCGUUAUUGCACGCCUCAUUGAAUUUACUUUGACCACACAGCCUAUACGAGACGAUUUGGAUCGGGGUGCAACGUUAGAGAAAGACUUGGUCAAAGAUGUUCGCGAAGCUAUUGUCAACGAGAACACAAGGUGGAAGGACUUCAAGGCCAAUGGAAAUUUGACCAAAGCAAUGAUGAAAUUAGAACGCAUGAAGCAUAAGCAAACUCUCGAAGAUUUGGAGUAUGCGCAUCGUGUUGCGUUGGCGUCGUGUUCGCUGCGUUACUGUCCCUUGGGCCGAGAUCAUGAAGGCAGAAUGUAUUACGCUUUGAGCCCUGGAGAGGCGGAAAGAGAGGCAGCGAUGCAGCUUAUCGCGGGCAAAGAUCGGAAAGUGAAGAUUGGUCGACGGCGCGGCGGGUUCACUGAAGACGAGCGGCGGGACCUACACAGGUGGUCCUGGUUUAUUGCCGUGUGGGGAAAGCUCCCUAGUGGGGCGGCUAAGGCUAAGAACCCAGACGACGAGACCGAAGACGAUGACGACGAUGACGACGAAUUGGAGACUUGGUGGGCUUUCUGGCAACCAGAGGAGAUCAAGAAGAUUGCGGAUUGGAUCACGCACCAGGGCGAGCUAAUCCAACCAGGGAGCUUUGACGACAUCGAGAAAAUCAGAUUGGAUGAUGAGCAGGCUAGCAUCACUGACUCGUCCACUAUCGCGAGUAGUUUGGUCGGAUCACGCGAACCAUCGCCGUUGUCUGACCUCUCGGACGAUGACGAUAAUGAGGUAGACUCGGCAGGAUUACACGAUGGUGGGCAUCGCCUUGGCCCAUCCAAGCUCGAGCUUCAGGCCCUCGUCAAAUCGUUAAAAGGCUAUGCGGAGCUAUUGCAAUGGAGAGUGCGUCGGGUGGAGGCAGACGUGGUAGUGGAAACAAAGUAG